AUGAAAAAUUGCGAGAAUGUUCACAAAUACUUUGCCCUGGAACUCGAGAAUCUCUCUGUCAUCGGUUACAAUGGUGCUUUCAAUGAGUCUGCGUACAGAAAGAUAUCAAACGAGUUGAACAAGGAAGUUCAUAUCUAUUCUCUUUCAACUCGACCAGAGGCAAAGCAAAAAAACUUUCUCUUCAAAAGAAUCGGACGAUACAAGCCGAAAAAUAAAGAGCCAGGAGAUCCUCUUCUUCUUUACAGGCAUGAAGAAACACCAAAUACACCCUUCUUAAUUUUCAACAGCAAAUUAAUCGCCGAACAACGUUUUCUUUGCCAAUUCAAAAACUGCUUCAUGCAUUUCGACCGACUUGCUAAAUUGAAAACCCACGAAAAAGAAUGUGAAAACAGAAGAGGAGUCGUUGAAGCCGUGCCACGUGCUUACGGACAGCCAAUAAGUCCAAUCGCAAAACUGAUAGACCUUGGACUUCUUGAUGAUGAAUUUAUCAGUUUUAUCAAAAGAAAAAUAGUGACCUACGAUAUUGAGACUUAUGAGUCUCCGAUCGGGCUAAAAACCUGUGAGACGACAAUUCACUCAUCGUUAAGAUUGCUCUCAAUAGCUAUUGGAAGUAACUUUGGAGUUGAGCAUUUUCUGGUACGAAAUGAUGACUCGCCAAAGUCAGCCUCUGAUCUGGUGGAGAGAUUUGUUCGAAUACUCUACGAGCUUUCGCAAGGAGAAGCUGGUCAGCUCCCGGAUGAGUUUUUUCUUGCAUUAGAAAAACUUGAAAGUCUCAUCGAGAACGAAUCACAAAUGAAAGCAAGAUUGAAGUUGCUGGGACUGAAGAGAGAGCUCAAAGAAUACAUGAAGCUGAGCGUUUUUGGUUUUAAUUCAGCAAAAUUUGAUCUUGCUGUGCUGAGUCCUUAUUUGAUUCCGAUUCUGAAGCAAGAGUAUCCGAAAAAACUGCACAUUAUCAAGAAGGGAUCGACAUUUUUCUCAAUCUCCACUGAACACUACGUUUUCAAGGAUGCAAUGCUUUUCACCACUCCGAUGACUUUGUCAAAGUACCUGAAGCAAUCAAAAAUCAACGAAAACAAGUCAAUAUGGCCAUACACUUUGUUUAAAUCGGUCUCCGACAUCGCAAAUUGCAAAACGUUUCCGUCAAAAGAUGCGUUUUAUAAUGAUAUAAAAGACAUUCCUGUCGAUGACAACGAUUAUUCGAUUGCUAGAGGACAAUUCUAUGCAAAUCAAGCCCUCAAUCCAGAUUAUUCAAUGAUGGAUUGGCUUCGUUACUACAACUUGACUGAUGUUGGUCCAUUCGCAAGAGCGAUUGCUGUGCAGUUUGACAUCUUUCAUCAAGCAUUCAAUGUUGAUCCUUCGCUUUGCUCUUCGCUUCCGAAAUUCGCCAUGAUAUGUCUUUUCGAUCUUUUCUCUAAAAAGGCUCCGCUUGCAUAUUCAUUUUCAUCUCUGUCUCCGUCCGAGCAUCAGCUAUUCAGGAACAAUAUUGUUGGAGGUCUUGUCAAUGUCUUUUCGCGAUACACUGAGCUGCGUGACGAUAUCGACGCACCUAGAAAUGCCAAAUAUGCUGGUAAUGGAGAAAGGUUUACAAAAAUAACUUUUCUCGACUUUAACGCAUUAUAUCUUUAUGCGCAAAAUCAGAAGAUGCCAACGACACCAGGUAUUCUCUGGACAAAAGGUGCAAAAUUUUACAAGCAAACAAUGAUGGCUAGAGAGACUUCUUUUGCCGCCCAUAGAUGGUUGACCUUCAUCGAUGAAUACUCUUCAGAUCUUAUUUCGUCAAAUGGUGAACGAGUGCCCCUUCAACAUGCCUAUUUUCGUGGAGAACAUCAAGUGAUGAAUUGGAAAAUCGACGGGUACGCUUGCGUUGAUGGUGUUGAUCACUUUUACGAGUUUCUGGGAUGUUACUUUCAUGAUUGCUGUCCUGUCUGCAAAUCUGGAAAAACUGAUACUGCCUGGGAGCUAAAGAAAGCCUAUCUACAGAGUGCUGGAAAAUUGACAUACAUCCACGAGUGCGUUUGGAGUAAACGAAUCACUCUCAAGCAUCAUACUCGUUCACUUUACUGGGGAAAGAUAUUCAUGAGACAUACUGAAGAACAUUUGCUUGAAGAAAUCCGUCUCGAGAAAGUUUUUGGAUUCGUUGUCGCCGAUGUUACCUGUCCGUCAGAGGUUUACGAGAAAAUCAAGCAUCUAAACUUCCCUCCAGUUAUACAAAGAAUGACGCUCAACGAAGAUCACGUUUCGCCUUACAUGAAAACGAGAGCAGAAGCAGCAAAUCGCGAAAUGAAACAGGAAACUGUUGUUCAAACGUACAAUGGAAAGCAACUUCUUCUUAUGACUCCACUGGUCGCCUUCUACUUACGCCUUGGUCUCCAGAUAACCAAUAUCACCAAAUUCACUCAAUAUCGUGCUGAACAAUGUCUUGGGGAUUUCUGCCGCAAAAUUACCGAUGGAAGAGUAAAGAGUCUUGAAGACAAGAACGAUUCACUCGCGAAUGCAUUCAAAACGGUGGGGAAUUGCGGGUACGGUAAAAUGGGAGAGAUCGUCAAAAGACCGGACACGCAAUUCCUCACCGAGGAAGAGCUUCAACGAGCAGUCAAAAAGCCACGUUACAAGUACUCUGAACCGUUAACACAAGAAGAUGGCGACUACGAAAUAACACAAGUUACUAUGGACAAAUUGAAAAUCAAUGAUGAUAAGCCAAUUGUUCUCGCCGUUGCGAUUCUUCAGCAGUCUAAACUUCUUUUUCUCAAAUUUGUUUACGACGUUCUUCACAAGUUCCUUGUCCCUGGGAGUUUCAAAUUGAACUAUUGUGAUACUGACUCACUGGCGAUUUCCACAACAAGAACAGCCCCGUCCGACAAAACGAACCGAUCCCAGACAAUCUCAACAUUUUUGCCAAUCGUCAGGCCAGAACUUCGAGAUCAAUUCAUUAACGAGAUGGAUCAAUGGUUUGUUGUUGAAGAGACUGAACGAAACAAGAAAACUCCGGGACUUAUGAAAACCGAAUGGUCAACUGAGUCUGGUGCGCUGAUUGCUCUUGGAAAUAAAUUAUACAUGGGUAUAGAUCCCGAAACUGGCUUGGAAAAACGAUCUAGCAAAGGGAUACCUCACAGAGUGAAAGUCGAAUUCGAUUUCAUGCUCGAAUGCUUGAAAGGACACACUCUCGAAAACAACACCUUCAACUUGAACGGGCUACUCAGCAAGAGUCAGCAAGCGUUGAUCUCGAAGAAGAUGAAUUGGAGUUUUUUCGAGAGAUGGGGAAUCUUCGUCAGCUACGAACCUAUCAGAUUAUAA